GAAAGCCAAACUAAACCAGAAAAUUUUGCAAAACCAGCCACUACCUCCUCUUCCUUCUUCUCCAUUCUUCACUAAUAAACCAUUUUCCAUUGUUUUUAUUUUUUUAUUUUUAAGAGUUUGGUGAAAAGAAAAAAAAAUACCCCUUUGUCCCUAUUUCUUCAAAGCAAAUCAAAUGUUCAUUUCUGUCUCUCUCGUUGUUGCUGGGAAGAACCCAUAUCCCUUUCUUCCAGAUGACAAGCCUCUGAAGCCCCAAUGCUAAGAAAUCUCUCACAGCUACUUUACCUUGUGACAUCUUAACCUUCAUCAUUACCUUCUUCUGUUGACUACAAUUGACUUCCUUUUCCUUAUAAUCUCAGGUCUUUUUGUUUGCAGUUGCAGCAAUAUUGGUGAGGUUCCUCGGAUCAAAGAGCUUUCUGGGUAAGCAAAAAAAAAAAAAAAAUGAAUUUUGGGAAGUGGGGUUUUGUUGGUCUUCUUUGUGCUUCUCUUGUUCUUACAAUUGGUGCUGUGGAGCAUGGUCGAGGUCAACCUACUGAGAGAAUUUCAGGUAGUGCUGGUGAUGUGUUGGAAGAUGAUCCGGUGGGAAGGUUGAAGGUUUUUGUUUAUGAACUUCCAAGCAAAUAUAAUAAGAAAAUUCUGCAAAAGGACCCAAGAUGCCUCACUCAUAUGUUUGCUGCCGAGAUCUUUAUGCACCGGUUUCUCUUAUCUAGUCCUGUCCGAACGCUUAAUCCUGAAGAAGCUGAUUGGUUUUAUACCCCUGUAUACACCACCUGUGACUUGACACCAAAUGGCCUCCCUUUACCUUUCAAGUCACCGCGAAUGAUGAGAAGUGCCAUACAGCUUAUUUCUUCAAACUGGCCUUAUUGGAACAGGACAGAAGGAGCAGAUCAUUUCUUUGUGACCCCUCAUGACUUUGGGGCAUGCUUCCAUUAUCAAGAAGAGAAGGCGAUUGAAAGGGGAAUUCUUCCAUUGUUACAGCGUGCUACCUUGGUUCAAACAUUUGGACAGAGGAAUCAUGUGUGUUUGAAAGAGAGCUCAAUCACCAUUCCUCCAUAUGCUCCUCCACAGAAAAUGCAUGCGCACCUAAUUCCUGAAAAGACUCCCAGGUCCAUUUUUGUUUACUUCCGAGGACUGUUUUAUGAUGUUGGAAAUGACCCUGAAGGUGGUUACUACGCAAGAGGAGCAAGAGCAGCAGUGUGGGAGAAUUUUAAGGACAAUCCACUGUUUGACAUUUCCACAGAGCAUCCAACCACAUACUAUGAAGACAUGCAACGAGCCGUGUUUUGUUUGUGUCCACUUGGGUGGGCUCCUUGGAGCCCAAGAUUGGUUGAAGCUGUGAUAUUUGGUUGCAUCCCAGUCAUCAUUGCAGAUGAUAUUGUUCUACCAUUUGCUGAUGCAAUACCAUGGGAAGAGAUAGGUGUGUUUGUUGAUGAGAAGGAUGUCCCUCAGCUAGAUACAAUACUCACAUCUAUUCCACCAGAAGUUAUCUUAAGGAAACAAAGAUUGCUUGCCAACCCUUCCAUGAAGCAAGCUAUGCUAUUCCCACAACCUGCACAACCAGGAGAUGCUUUCCAUCAAGUUUUAAAUGGGCUUGCACGUAAAUUGCCACAUGACAGGACUAUAUUCUUGAAACCAGGGGAGAAGGUUUUGAAUUGGACUGCUGGUCCUGUGGGUGACCUUAAACCUUGGUAGCACUUGUAACAGUUUUCUGAGGCAAUUAGGAUUCUUUUACAUAUCUUGGUUAACACUCCCAAGUGUUCAUAAGGGUUGGGAAUUGAGAUGCCAGUUUUUGUUGACAUUGUAAAUUUUGAUCUUUUUUUUUUUUUUUUUUGGUCAGACAAUUCAUUAGAUCUUUUAAUCCAUUUUACAGCUUCA